AUGCCCACUCCAUCGAACGCACCGGCCAAACUGCCCGCCCGCCAAGCACCGCGCCAAGUCGGUCCGGCCGACACGGGCAUCGGACGGCAUUGGAAGACCCAGCUCGUCUCGGCCGUACACUUCCUCAAGCAGCACGCCCACCCCAUCCGACUCGAGGACCUGGCAUUGCUUUCGGGUGUCGAGGCUUUGUUGUCGAAUGCGGAACUGCUGAGCAAUUUCAGGAGUCACGAGAAGGUCGUGGUCGAUGACAAGACGGGCCUGUUCAGCUACAAGGUGCGCCACGAGUCACCUGUGGGGCACCAGGGUACGCGCAUCCCGUGGCUGACCUUUACCUACCCCAGCCCGACUAUGACAUCAAAUCCAAGUUCGACCUCGAGAACCUCGUCGUGCGCUACUCGAGUCGCGGUGGCCUCUCGGUCAAGAACCUGCGCGCGUCCUGGCCCAACGUCGUCCCCGCGAUCGAAGAACUAGAACAAGAAGGCAAGGUCUACGUCACUCGGACGGGAGGCUCAGCCGAACGAGAAGGCGCUAUGAAGGCCGUGUUCAGGAACGAGUUCUCCAAACGACCCCGAAUCGACGACGAGUUUUUGAAGCUGUGGAAGAAACUCAAGGCGCCGACCAAGGAGGAGUUGAGCGUCCAACUGAACGAAGGUCGGGGCACACCCAAUCGGUCUACUUUCAUCGUGAACUCUAGUACUGAUGCAGCAUCGUACCUGCGCUCAAUAGCCGGUCUCACGACGGCCUCGACGGUCGCGUCCGAUCUGCCGAGGAACCAGAACAAGAACCCGAGGGGCAAAGGGCGCAAGGGACCCGGCUCGGCGAAUCGGAGGAUCAAGUUGACCAAUACACACUUGAAGGGCAAGGUCGACCUGUCCAAGGAUUACACACCUCCGGGGAGGUAG